UUCUCUGUGUGUCCUUGGAGGCUGAGACGUGUAACUGUAGUGGUGGAAGUUGCCAUUUUGGCUGGGUUAUAACUCCUUUGACCAGCGUUUCCAGGRGUGCUCCCUGGCUCUAGUUCACCAUGCCUGCACCAUUGAAACUAAGAGAUCUGAUCCGUACAAUCAGAGCAGCAAGAACAGCAGCGGACGAGAGAGCAGUCAUCUCCAAAGAAUGUGCACAGAUCAGGGAUUCGUUUCGUGAGGAGGACAAUGAUUUCCGCUGCCGUAGUGUUGCCAAACUUUUGUAUAUUCACAUGUUAGGAUACCCAGCUCAUUUUGGGCAGUUGGAGUGUCUAAAGCUGAUUGCAUCACCAAAGUUUACAGACAAACGUAUUGGGUACCUGGGCGCCAUGUUGUUACUGGACGAGAGACAGGAUGUUCAUUUGCUGGUCACAAAUUCCAUGAAAAAUGAUAUGAAUCAUAGYAACCAAUUCGUGGUUGGUCUUGCUUUGUGUGCUCUAGGAAGCAUCUGCUCUCAGGAGAUGAGUAGGGACCUGGCAGGAGAAAUUGAAAAGCUUAUAAAAUCAACAAAUUCUUAUAUUAGAAAAAAGGCUACCUUGUGUGCUACAAGAAUUAUAAAGAAAGUACCUGAAUUAAUCGAAAUCUUUGUACCAUCCACAAGGGCAUUACUCAAUGAAAGAAAUCACGGUGUUCUUCUAACUGGUAUAUCUUUAGUUACUGCMAUGUGCAAACUCAACACAGAAACACUCUCUCAUUUUAAAAGACAUGUUUCAACAUUAGUAAAAGUUUUGAAGAAUCUUAUCAUGUCUGGCUAUUCACCAGAGCAUGACGUGUCGGGAAUAAGUGAUCCUUUCCUUCAGGUUCAAAUUAUACGUUUGCUGAGAAUACUUGGGAAAGAUGAUGAAGAAGCCAGCGAACAAAUGAAUGAUGUAUUAGCACAGGUGGCUACUAACACGGAAACCAGUAAAAAUGUUGGGAAUGCAAUUCUUUAUGAAACUGUMCUGACCAUUAUGGAUAUCAAGUCAGAGAGUGGACUUAGGGUCUUAGCCAUUAAUAUUCUUGGAAGAUUUCUUCUAAAUAAUGACAAGAAUAUWAGAUACGUAGCUCUUAACACAUUGUUAAAGACYGUCAAUGCUGAUUACAAUGCAGUGCAGAGGCACAGGAGCACAAUUCUUGAUUGUUUAAAAGAUCCAGAUAUUUCAAUAAGACGGAGAGCGAUUGAACUGUCAUUUGCACUAGUCAACAAUAGCAAUAUCAGGGGAAUGAUGAAAGAGUUGCUUGCUUUCUUAAAUGCAACAGAUGUGGAGUUCAAAUCUUAUGUUGCUUCAAAUAUCCUUACAGCUGCMGACAAGCACUCACCAAACAAACGAUGGCAUGUUGACACUAUGAUGAAAGUCCUGACAAAUUGUGGUAAUUACGUGACUGAUGAUACAGUCCCUAGUCUUAUCCAUAUGGUAUCUGCAUCAACUGAUCUCCAAGCUUAUAGUGUACAGCGAUUGUUUAAAGCCAUGCAGAACGACAUUAGUCAGCAAUCUCUUGUCCAGAUCGGGUCAUGGUGUUGUGGAGAAUUUGGUGAAAAACUUCUGGUUGAUAUCGAAGAAGAUGAACCCCUGGGGGUUACUGAAAGAGAUGUUAUCGAYGUACUUGAGAGUAUAUUAUACAGUUCUCAUUCGACUCCUGUAACUAAAGAAUAUGCUUUAACAGCAGUCAUGAAGCUUAGCACAAGAUUUACACAAGAUAUCGAUCGAAUAAGAUGUGUUGUAAAAAACUUUGGCUGUAACUUAGACGUCGAGUUACAACAGCGAGGCGUUGAAUAUGGUGCAUUAUUUGAUAAGUACGAUAAUAUGAGAACUGGUCURCUUGAGAGAAUGCCUGCUGUUCAACAGGCUAAGAUGAACGGUGAUCUUGCAAAUGGUGAAAUUGAACCAGACACUCCAAGACAACCAGCCCCAAUUGAACAGAAGACAAUUCAGCCCAUCAGCCAAGAGUCCGAUACUCUSCUGGAUCUUCUUGGUGGUGGAGACAUCACUAACUCUCAGCCAGAAYCACAGCCAGCUCCAGUUGUGAAGCCACCAGCAUCAAGUGGUGGAGAGCUGCUUGAUCUCCUUGGAGGCCUUGACAUGGGACCAACUGCAGCCCCUAUGGCUGUGGCUCCAAUGGCACCCAUCGCACCUAUGAAUCAAGUCCCUGACCUUAUGAGYAGCGGAGGAYUGUUAUCACCAACAAACACCAACCAGCCUGUUGUACAGAUGAAUAACGAAGYUCCUGCACCUCAAUCCACAGGGAUCCCAGGCAUUACAGCRUAUGAAAAAGGGGGAGUUAAAAUUGACUUUGGUUUUGAGAAGGACCMCAGUAACCCAACAGUAGUCAAUGUUAAAGUGACGUCAUGUAAUGCACUGUCAGUUCCUAUGACAGAUUUUGUCUUUCAAACUUUUCAACUCCAAAUGCAAAGUCCAUCGGGCAAUGUGAUCCCACCCAACAACACAGGCUGUGUAACACAAAAUAUUCUCAUUAACAAUCCUCAACAGCAACCUCUACGAAUGCGUGUAAAGAUUUCAUACAAAAUUAACGGUGCACCCAUAUCSGAGCAAGGAGAAAUCAGCAAGUUUCCGCCAGGAGUUUGAUGUCAACCAUGUCGUCGCACAAUUGGAUUAUUUUAUAUCAUUCUCUCGCUUGUAUAGAAGAAGAAGUAUUUUUAAACAGGCUAAAUCCUAGUCUACAUGGUAAAUGAAGACUKURGGUYCAAGAAAAGGGGUACCCAURUAGGAAACUAAGCAGUUAGGUAACAUCCGCAAUUUGUCCCGUCGGAAUUAUCAAUUUCCUAGGCAACCGUUCCAAGCUUUACAGAACCAUCGUAGACUCGUUUCAGGUCAAUCUUGGGAGGGUAGUUUGUGCAUUUUAUUUCACAAACGUCCUUUGUCUUCAGGGUAUACUAGAUUGAGAUGCUAUGACGUCACGUACAAGUGAUUUUCCUUGUCGAUAUGGCCUUUCAUAUUUCACRUUCUAGUUUGAUUGGUCCCUGGAAAAUGACGUCAUAGUUGCUUCUUUUAAAAAAUGGCCGACUGCUUAGAUUCGAAACAUACCUUUAAUGGUCAAACACCUUCGAUAUUCUACAAUUAUUUGGUUCCUAAAAAAGAUAAAUAAUUAUAUUAACUCAACGAUGGAUUCUCUUGGCAAUUGUGUUUAAAUGUUUCAACAUCCAACUAGUCAAUUCAAAAGAAACGUCAUWUUUCCGUAGACUCCCUCAAUAUUCCAUAACAGUUAUUGCGAGUUCUUACACCGUUCCAAUUGCUAAUCAUAAAAGUUAUAAAUCUAUCGAAAACUGUAGAGAAAAGAAGAAAAUUGCUAGCAGAUAGGUAACAAAGUUAGAAGUAGAAUCGUUUUCUUGAUGUUUUUCCGAUUCGGAAGGAUUUCACCAAAAAAAUACGCAGAGUGAUAUAAAUGGGAGGGUUUCUAAACUUUGCGUCAACAAAACCUAAAAAAAAAAUAUUCUUAAAAAACAUUGAUCAGUAUAGAGUGCAGGGCAGCUAAAGUAGUAAUUAACCUGUAAAUCAAAUGCUAAUAAACUCAAAUCAGAUAUUUUGUAACGGACGAAAAACGAA